CAACCAGUUGGAGACUACAUAUUCACGGUUAGACGUAGCCAGUCCUUGCCUGAUGUUCAGGGCCCACUGAUUUCAGCAGUGUUUGGAGAUGAUGUUGCGGAGAUAACAGAGAUGGCUACGCCAUCGCAGCCUCGACAGAUCACCACCGGCUUUGGUUUAGAGGGGAUAGUUAUUGCCCAUAAGACCUCAGGGGCAACUGAACGAACCCUACCUUCAACAACUAAGCCAGUAGUUUCGGCGACCAGUCGUCGAGAGGAUGUAUCUGCCCCAGUAACAUCUUUUACAGAUAUAUACCAAGUGACAGAAGACGAAGGCACCGUUGCUUUACAAACAGGCGAAAUUAAACAAGAACUGCAAACUACGCCUGGCAUUGUUUUCCGGACGGGAGAUAUUCAGCCUGUCAAGACAACAACGACACUUCUGUCAAGACAAAGGACAACGAUCUCCGUGGACAGGGGACAGCCGGAUGCAUUCUCAACCGAUCGCGUACAACCAGAUAUAACCGCGAGCACGUCGGAUCUGGUAAGAGAAAGUACGGUAAAGGAAGUGAUUACAGAAGGCGAAGGAAAGGUUGAACAAGAAGUCUUAACAGAACAAACGACAAGAGGGCGUCCACAACUGUUUACAACAGAAGGGGUAAAGGAACCACGGAAACCCGUACGUGUCACUGCAGACAUGAUACCUGAAAGAGUUACCACAGAUGACAGACCAGAACGAUUUACGGAAGAUGGUAAACCUAGUACAGCUGGAAAGUUAGACAGGGUUAAGGUAAAGUUUACCACAACACGUCAACCAGAAGCUGUCACGACACAACGUAAAUCAGAGCGAGUAACACCUGAAACUAGACUUGUUACAAGUGACGUCAGACCAGAUGAAGUUAGAACUGACGGUAGGCCUGAAAGAAUUACAACAGAUGGUCAGCCAGAAAAUGUUACAGCUUUUGUACAUUCUAUAACAAAGGAAGAGACACUUGAAACAGUCUCGCCGAAAGCUGGGACGGCAGAACCAACAACACCGUCAUUUGGUCCUCGACAAUUGUUCAAAUCAAGGAGAGACAUUGUCUUUGUACUAGAUUCAUCCAGUUAUGUCUCCGAAUCGGAGUUCAGCAAGUCUCGGGAAUACGUGAAACUGUUGCUGCAACCGGCUGAUAUAGACGGCGGCAAUGUACGAGUUAGUGUCAUUACCUACAGCACCAAGUCAUCCACCCAAUUUGACCUCAGUCGUUAUUCGACUAAAUCCCAAAUCUUUGGAGCUAUUGACAGAAUUGCGUACACACCAGGAUCUUCCAGCCUGGCUAGUGCACUACGAGGUAUCCGCAGGGACAUAUUUCCAAAUGGCAAAGGCAACCGUGCAAACGUCCCGGACGUGGCAGUUCUAGUCGUCGGGAGCGUAUCGGACACGAAGAAAAAGUGGGUCGAACCAGCAGCCAAAGCAAUCAAACGCCGAGGAGUCUCAGUUUAUGGGGUUUCUGCACGACUUCAAGAUACAACAGAAAUAAGGAACAUAGUAUCCGAGCCAGCGAGUGACUCCGUCUUCAGUGUUGAUCGUUUCGAGGAAUUGCAUAAAACAAGAAUCUCACUAACUCAGAAAAUAUUUGGAGAAACUGUUGUGGAGUGGACAUCACCACGUAUAACCCCAGAACAGACUGUUGCGCCAGCGAAAGAAAGCCCGGAUUCAACAUUUACACCCGUUGAAGAUGACGUGACCACUUCAUAUGAUUUGCUACCCGACCACGUUUCUACGGACGCUGCAUUAAGGCUGUCUAAAACAGAAGAACCAUUACAACGAAUUACCACAGAAAGGACACCCGAGCGACUGACACAAGAAGAGAUACCAGUACGAGUUACAACAGAAGGGAGACGAGUUACUUCAGACGGCUGGACAGAUCGACUGACAAAAGAGGGUAAACUAAAACCUAUUCCAACGUUGUCUACAACAGAAGGUGUUACUCCAGACGGCCUUCCAGAUCGACUGACAAAAGAAUAUAGACGGAAGCCUAUCAUAACGGCGUCAACAAGAGAAGGUGUUACUCCAGACGGCCUGCCGGAUCGACUGACAAAAGAAUAUAGACGGAAACCUAUCUCAACGGAGUCAACGACAGAAGGUUUAACUCCAGACGGCCUACCGGAUCGACUGACAAAAGAAGAUACAAGGAGACCUAUUCCAACGUCGUACACAACAGAAGGCGUUACACCAGACGGCAUGCCGGAUCGACUAACAAAAGACGAUAGAAGCAGACCCAUUCCGACGUCAUACACAACAGAAGGCGUUACUCCAGGCCGUUUGCCAGAUCGACUAACAAAAGAAGACAGACUGAAACCUAUUCCAACGGAGUCAAUAACUGAAGGCGUUGCUCCAGACAGCCUUCCAGAUCGACUGACAAAAGAAGAUAGACGGAAACCUAUCCAAAGGAGUCUACAACAGAAGGCGUUACUCCAGACCGUCUGCCAGAUCGACUUACUAAACCUAACCAAACGGAGUCAACAACAGAAAGCCUUACUCCAGACGGCCUGCCGGAUCGAUUGACAAAAGAAGAUAGACGGAGACCUAUUCCAACGUUGUCUACAACAGAGGGCGUUACUCCAGACAGCUUGCCAGAUCGACAGACAAAAGAAGAUAGAUGGAAACCUACUCCAAGGGCGUUUACAACAGAAGGUGUUACUUCAGACAGCUUGCCAGAUCGACUAACAAAAGAAGAUAGACGGAGACCUAUAUCAACGGCGUCUAUAACAGAAAGUGCUAGAACAACGCCUUCUCCAACUGUACUGCUCAAAUCAAGCAGAGACAUCGCGUUUGUACUAGACUCCUCACGCUUUGUUUCAGAAUCAGAUUUCAGAAAGUCUCUAGAUUAUGUUAAAUUGCUGUUGCAACCGCCGACAUAGACGGUGGCAACGUACAAGUUGGCGUAAUUACAUACAGCACCAAGUCAACGACCCACUUUGGACCUUAGCAGUUACUCUACUAAAGCUGAGGUUUUUGAAGCCAUUGACAGAAUCCCAUACAAACCCGGGUCUUCCAGUUUGGCCAGCGCUCUGCGAGGUGUCCGCAGAGACAUAUUCCCCAGAAAGAAAGGCAACCGGCCAUAUGUCCCCGACGUAGCCCUUGUGCUUGCUGGCAGUGUUUCGGAUACAAAGGCAAAGUGGGUCGUACCAUCCUCCAAGUUCUGUCAAACGCCAAGGGGUAACAAUAUUUGGUUUAACCGUAGGACUACAAGACACUAAGGAGAUUCGACGUAUUGUGAGCGAUCCGGCCAAAGCUUCUCUGUUCACUGUGGACACUUUCGACGAUUUACCUUCCACCCGAGAGGGUUUGACAAAGGCACUAUUUGGAGUACGAUCGUUUGUUGAGAGCACUAGUGAAGUUUUUCCGCCCUCAACCCCACCUGUGGUAACCACUUCAUCUUUCCCAACAGAGAAGCCAGUCAUCACCCUGGUUGAACAGAAUGUGACAAGACCUGGACCGUCUGGGAGAGACCAACCAACCGCCACUACGUCGUCGACAGCGAGAACAUCGGGUGCACGAGGCACUCCCUCCGCCAUCCCUGUCACUCAGGCUCCAGUACCUGUUGCUCCUCACUGCUCCGCAUCAAGCG